CGGAAGUUUCCCUUUUGCUUCAACAACCGACAUUCCGCAUUCCGCAACUAGUCGCCACCAUGCCGAGUGAGUAUGAGGACAAAUAUCUCUUGUUGCGAGACGAGAACACGGCGCUUAAGAAGAAGAAAAAUGAGCAGGAGGCUACCAUCAAACGCAUGUAUACAAAGCUGGCGAUGAUCGAAGAGAAGCUCUCCAAGACGCGGCAGGGCGAGGGCAAAAAGAACAAUCAAGACGAUCCCGACACGGGCGGCAACAAGGUUGCCGUUGUCCCUGUGCGACGAGAUCUCGACACGGAGAAGUUCAUUGCUGCGCUGAAAAGCGAAAACGCCACACUGAGGAAGAAAAAUCAGACGCUAAUGGAGAAGAACCGAUGGCUGGAGGAGCAAUGUCGACAGUUGAAUGUCAUGAAGCGGCUAGGAGGAGGUGCGCGACCGACAAAGCAUAAGAAAGCUGUUGCUCGGAACACAACAGCUAAUAAGGGAGGUUUCGAAGGGAGCAGCCUUGAAAAGCAGACUGAAAGUGCACGGAAACUGCAUCGCGACACGUUUUCGGGGGAUCUCGAGGUGGCGCUAAAGAAGCGGUUAGUUAUUGCAGAGAAACAGCUUGUGAAGUUACAGAAAGAAAACGAGCAACUGCGGGCGAGUAGUAGCAGGCAGCUGAAGCCGAGACGAGAUAACAACGACGGAUCGGGGCCGAGCGAUGAAGAAGAUGAAAAGGAGCAAGACGAAUGUACCAAAGAACCCACGAAUCUGGAGCUAGACCAGAUGAAAAGGGAGUUGCGGGAUCGCCAAGCGCAACUUGCAAUUCUGAAUGCUAGAUAUGAAAAUUUAGAGUCGAACGCACUCGCAGAACGUGAAAUUCAGGAGAAAACACUAGAACAAAUGGAACAGAUGAAUCGUCAAGUACACAAGCUCCGAACACAGUUACAGGACGCUGUCGCGGAAAAGGAAGAGUUGGAAAUUCGAAUUAUGAAGGCCGGUGAUCACGAGAAAGAUAUUGCUCUUCUACGAGAGCAAAAUCGGCGCUUGGAAGAACGCAUGACCUCGCUCUGUGAAAGUCCGUUUAUCAAUGAUGCUUUUCAGAGGAAGGAGCGUAUUGACAAGCUGUUUAACUUAGAAAAACUAACACAGGAGCAAAAGGCGACUAUUGCUCAAAUGACUGAAGAGAAUCAGAAAUUUCAAGGUGUCAUUCGAGAGCUACAGAGCACUGUCAAGCAGUUGAAGCAGGCGAAAGAUCGAGUUGAGCAAGAUCUUGCUCAAAUGGCGCAACAUUUGAUGGAGGAGAGAAAUGCAAGAAGCCUCGACGCCAUCAAGUCAACUGGAAAUGUACCGAUGCCAACACAGCGGACAGAACCGAUCGUGAUUGUCCGCCCGCGAACACCUGAUCCACAGCACCAUCCUCCUGAAAAACGGGAUGCUUGCUCUUCCCCAGUGAGCAAAAGUACAUCACCAGGCAAAUUAUCUGCUCCUUCAGCGAACGUGGGUGGAGGGGUAGUAAGCCGAAAGUACGGAGAUCUUCCGUCAGCUGCUAGCUUCCUCGAUGCAGAAGAGGACAGCAGCGUGAAACACUUGCGAAAUCGUGUUCACGUCCUUCAGAUCGCUCACUUGAAGUCAAUGCAGGAGUUGGAGCGUUGUGAGAAAAUGUUGCAAGCUCAAACGAACAUCAAUCGGGAACUCGCUUUGGAGAUUGAGGAGCUGACGACGUCAAAGAUUUCAAGCUCAAAUCAACUUCAACGUCGAAUGAAAGAACUUGAGCUACUAUGUGAAGAGCGACAACAACGAAUUCACGCCCUUCAAGCAGAAGUUAGACAGCUGAAAUACGCUCGAGAGAAGAUGCUUUUGAAGAUGCGAGAGGCUGACGAUGAAUGCUCUGAGGAAUCAUCAAGUGAUGGAGAAGGGAGCGAGGUAGCAUCAUUGUCGGAAUCCUUGAUCUUAGCGGCGAGGGAUCUAGCUCCCGGUGAACAACUUCUUGAAUUGGGAAUUAUAAGCGGAGACUUCGAUAGCAGUGUGAUCGGGGUUAACUCCUCCACUUUUGUACUGUGCGAUUUUUACGAUUUCGAGUCGCAGUCAACGCCACUUCUCAUGGGAAGUCGACCGGAAUACAAUUUAUCAGCUACAUUCAAAGUGACGGUGGACGGCUUUUUCUUACGAUAUUUGGCUUCAGAGUCCGUAUUUCUGGAAGUACAUCAAGCUAUUCGAGGGGACUUCAAGCUGGUUGGUAAAACAUCAGUUCGUCUUUCUAAGCUGCUACAGUCAAAGGGGGUUGUAAAAGAACCCAAACUUGCGAUUAAAUCGCUGUAUGACAUUGACGGUGAUUCGACAACCUUAGGAACAUUGAACGUGAUUCUAAGGCUUUCCACCCCAAUCUCGGAAAUUUGGCAAGUUCAUCUUCGCUCUUACCCUCAAGAUGUCAGGUUUCUUUCGACUCUAGGAAAGCAAAGCGAAACACAAAUUCCAUCAGAUGUACUAUGUGAUCAAAACUUCCGUGACGAUGCAAUGACAAACGAAUUGCAGAUUACGGUAUUUGCUUGCAGGAAGUUGCGUUCUUAUGGAAAGCGCUCUGAUGGAUCAAUAUCUCGAGUACCGUCAUCGUACGCUCACUAUCAAUUGCUUGGGUUUCCAGACGUUUUUACGAAUAUCGUGGCUAAAUCAGCUAACCCAGAAUUCGACUUAAGCAACAGCCGACAAGCGUUUGCUUUGGAAGUGGAUGCAUGCCUUCUUCGGUUCUUGUCCCAAUUUCGCUUGUGGGUAACUGUAUUUGAUGAUCAAGUCGAGCUUGAUGAUAAUGCACAAGAAGACGGGGUGAUUGGGAGGUGCGGGAUUAUGCUUUCCGAUCUUGUAAAUGGCGAAGACAUUCGAGGAUGGUUCCCGUUAAAAGAUCAAAACGAUCAACACGCUGGGGAUAUUUCCGUGUUAAUUCAGUGGAAAGACCCAUUUCAGGUACUACAACUGACAUCUUCGCAACGUGCACGCGGAGUAAAUGGACGUCUAAUCGACAUGCAUUCACUCGAUUUUGAUCAGCAACACGCAUUAUUGUCGAUGUUUUCAUCUGACAUGGAUGGACGAAUGAACUACCAGCAAUUCUUGCACUAUGCUAUCCCAUCCGAAGAACUGGAGCUACUCGUUGCAAAACUGAAAGAGCGGCUCGAAUAUGCGGUGGACUCGGAACUUAUAACGUCUGCUAAAGAUGCUCUCACUGCAGGAAUGGAGGCGAGAGAGCGAAAAAGUAUGCUUAUCUCCAUGGGCUCCAUGGUACAAACCUGUGAGAAGUACGGGAUUUUCCUCACCGAUGGAGAACGAAAUCUUUUACUAUCGACGUUUGGAGUUGGCAGCACUUCGACAGAAAGUAUCUCAACUGUGGGUGGAGGUUCUGAAAAGACUUCGGGGAACCACCCGAAAUUGAUAGCUAUUAAUUAUUUGCUACUCCAUAUUAAUCCUCGACUCAGCUGUAUCGAACGGCUGCUAUGUCACAAAAUUCGACAAACGAUGCAUGGAUAUGUUCAAGAACAAAGGAAACGAAAGACAGCAGAUGCUAUGCCUGCUCCUAAACUAUUCGAGAAGUUUGAUGAAACAAGAUGUGGCAGAGUCACUCGAUCAGCGUUCAGAAAAUGUUUAUCUGCGUUGGGAUUUGACUUGAUGAGUGUUGAGUCCGAGUACCGUGAACUAGUCAGACACCAUACCAAACAAUCCCGUUCAACUGACACUCCAAACGAACCCAUUGCCGACGGCAAUGAUACGGCAAUCCUACCUCUAGACCGCGUUGACCUGGAUGAAGAUGUACUAGAGGAUGCUAAAGCUACGCAACAGCCAAAGCAACUGGCUGCUUUUAAUGAUGACGAAAAAAAGGUCACCAGGAUAUCGACGCAAAACGAUCCAGGUUAUGCUGCAAAACCUGUUCCAGCCACAACAGAAUUCCAGAGACGAAAACAAGCUUUUAUGGAUCGUAUGAAAGCAAUUGCCUCUGCAAGUAGUAAGAACUUGGUAUACGAACAAGUGGAGAAAAAAUUACAGGUUCAGCGGGUUCAGGAAAAAGAACGAGGGUUUAAAGUAUUAUCGCAGCAGGAGCGGCUUGUGCAGCAAGCAAAACAGCUCCACAUUCCACAGAAUAUCCAUCAUGAUGCUGCACGGACGCUUCAAAAACAAUACCGUCAGUAUAAAGAACAACGACAACAACAACAAGAAGCGAACUAUGCGAAGACAACAAUUAUCGAAGCAGAUCUCCAGCUACAAAGCGUUUUAGGUAAAUGGACCUUUGCUGAACUUAGAGAUCAAGAAGACAGCAUUCUAGCUGAAAUCGAACGUGACGUACCGGAUGUAAAACGCUCCAGACUGCUUACGAAGAAGCAGCUGGGCUACUUCCUCUCUAAAGUCCCUCGAAUCGUGUUACCUCCUGCAUUACUGUGGUAUCUUAUGGACUAUUUUUCUGUGAAGGAAACUGGGAUGGUAGCGUUCCGAUCUCUUCUCAAUCUCAUCUUCUCUACGUCCACUGAAGAACGUGAGCUGGAAAAGAAGCAGCGUUUGUCGGUGCUUCGACACCUACUCUUCGAUGUUGGUUAUGCAUCUCACACUUUUGUUUUAACUGGAGACAUGAAAGAAACAGGAUAUAUUUCCUUUAAAGAGUUUCACGAAAGCCUGUCCAGACUUGGAGUCCAGCUAACCUCCAAGGAACUGCAUCUUGUGACUAUUAUGUUUGACGCAAACGGCUACAAGAUUAUGUACCAUGCUCUUCUUCAGAUUCUGACACAGCUACCACAUUGUCAACAGUUAGCGGAAGUUUUGGAACGAUGUCAUCGUUUUGGUAUAUCUUCGUUACGUGACAAAAUUCUGACUUUUGUGAAAUCUGACGAUGGCCGAAUGACUCAGGAAGAACUGCUUCGAGUUCUAAUGCAACCGAGUUCGGAGGGUACACAGUUUGAACCUAAGGACGCUAGCUUACUCUUCGAGAUGGUUGGAGGCAAUAACGACCCAACCAAGAGGAUUUCGAUCCAGGAUCUCUGCCUACGACUCGAAGCAGCAGCAAAAUACAGUCGAAAGUCGAUAUCCGAUGACUGGAACAAGUACGAUAUGCAAUACCUGCAGCGGUUAGCCUGGAACUGCAGAAAACUCAUAUGUGGUAGCUAUUCCGACUUGAAAUAUGAGUUUGAACGAUUUGACUGGCAGGAGAAGGGAUUUGUUUCUUUGGCAGAGUUUGUCACGAUCGCACGUCGAAAUGGUUUCUUACUGUUCACUGAAAACCAACUGAAAGGCAUAGCGAAGAGCUUCGGUGUGAAAACAAAUGGAUCGUUCGGUAUCAACUAUCGACAGUUUUUGGAUUGGACUACACCACCCCCACCCGUCGACAUGGAUGCUGUGGAGAAAAAGCUUCGCAAGUGUGCACAUGAGCAAGCUAAUAAGUUACCGAGCAGACAGCUUUCUGAAGUGUUUGCUACUUGGAACCAAAUUUUCUUGACGGAGAAAGAAACAACGUCGGAGGGGGUAAUAAGUCGAUCAACUUUCGUGAAGAUCUGCAACACUCGCCUGAGUAUCCCACUUGACGAACAUGAGAUGCGCACAUUACUUUACACAUACGAUCCUGAACUAAAAGAUCAAAUUGACUGCAGUGCUUUUCUCAAAAUGAACUGGCGGGAAGCCAUGAUCACAUACAAUAAACGAGCACAGGUAAUCAGUGAGGUUGCAAAAGCGAAACUCGUAGUGACCAAGAUUGGUGAGAAACUUCAAGAGCAAAAAGAUGUUCCAAGGCAGAUUACAGAGGCUUUCUCGUAUACUGGAGACUCGAAUAGCGCAUUGGUGGAAUCUGGUCAGUUCAUCCUAGCGAUGCGAAAACUGUGGAUCUCUUUGUCACCGGACGAAGUACAUUCUCUCUUUGUCGUAUUUGGUGAGCAGCCAGAUAAGAAAAAGAUAAAUUUCGUGAAGUUCUUUAAGGACUCCCUCGAACUACCCGUGUUCAGCUCUUCAGAAGUAAAGCCGAACUAUCAGCUUUCGGUCGAAAAUGAAAAACAAUUGAGAAGUGCAUUAGAAGCUGCUGUGAAAUUCUCACUGCACAAAUUCCAGCAGUGCUUUGUACAGUUUCAAGAGUUUUGUGUGCUUCACCGUUUUGCUGAAAUCGCCCCAUCGAAGUUGUGGCGUCAGAUGGAAGCAAAUGGCUUGAUUGAGUUGUUGUCAAAGAAAGCUGCUGGGCUGCUUUCGCAGAAAUUCUUGACUACAUUUUACGAUGAUGAUGGUGAUGUAAGCUUCAGCGUAUCCUUGAAGGCCGUUCAUACGUAUCUUAAGGACGUUUCGACAAAUGCACCGGUUAAAGCCUCUCAAAAGCAAGAAACGCGUGAGUUAGUAGAAACGACAGUACAAUCAAGAGCACCAAAAGCACCUAUCGAAACUCUUUCAGAAUUCCUCGACUCGUGUGACGAACGUGGAAUUGAUUUACGGGGAGAGCUUGAAGCUCGUGACAGUACGUACACGGGAUACGUGACAGCAAUGGAGCUGAAAGAGAUUCUAAUACGUAUGGGCAUCGCAAAAGCUGCCUUUCCUUCGUCUGCAGAGGCAGUGAUAGGACAGCUUGUCCGUCAAUUCCGAAGCACCGAAACAACCGAUGCGGUACAUUAUACAGUGAUGCUGUACGAGGCUACCAAAUUCGAGUGGCCUGGUACCGAUUCUCGCUUUGAUAAAAUUACUGAGAACUUGCGAUCACGAAUUCGUUUGAAAGCCAACCUCUCGGGUCAAAUUGAUCAUUCAGAUACAACAAACUAUGCCAGAUUGGAUGCUGCUUUUAAUCAUUUCGACCGAGAGAAGAAGGGAUUCUUGACAGCGGAUAGUAUAUGUAAUGGUCUGCGGGCACUAGACUACAACCUUUAUCCUUCACAACUCAGCGUCGUCAUGCUCAACUUGUGCAUCUUCCGCCAUGGCGGAGGUGGAUUGUCACGAACUGAGUUCGACUCCUUCGUGCUAGAUCCUUACGCUGGCUGUCUGCUGAAAAAGAUAUCCGAUAGGCUUUACUCUGAAGUCCAAUCUCAGAAGCAAGACGCAAUGCCUCGAGUUGCAUAUUUGAGUCGGCUCCUGAUGGAAUGUGGUGGAUUUAGCCACCAAAGCAGCCUUUCAGCGGAAACAUUUUGGUCACAACUGGAGCGAGCGCUAGAGCGACAAGUGACGACACUGGAAAAACUACGACUGCAACAUCUUUUCGAUGUGGGGCGGGACGGCAACAUUGCCUUUAAGCUUUUCCUCAAGGUAAUGUCUCAAUGGCGAAAUCUACCCAGUGCAGCAGCCUCUGUAUUUUUACGGAAUAGCAACCUGGCUGAAAAGGGUAUCCCAGAGCUACAAGCUGCAACCAAACCGGAGAAGCUGCCGUAUCCUCAAGAAAAUGCCGCGAAAGACAAACCACCUUGCGCGCGCAAUGCCAUUCUUCGAUCGCUGUUCAACCAAAUGUCAUCAAUUGACUUUAACUCACAACUCGACAUAGUGGAGGAGUACUUGAGACUGAAGGAUCACGAGCAGACAGGUAGCAUCAAAAUGAAGCAGUUGAAGCGAAUCUUCGACCAAAUUGGACUGUCAUUGUCAGCAGAUGCCUUCACAAGUUUGCAACUAUACUAUCCAGGUGUUGCCUCACCAAGCACAAAAGAACAUGGAGAACUUGUAGCUUACCAGAAACUCCUAUUAGCACUAGAAGCAUUUCAUGAGAAGAGCGGCGAACAUGAGGAAAGAUAAGCAUAACCACUUGCAACAAAGCUACUGAAUUUGUAAAC